GUUCGACCGGUGGGGGUUUUGUGCAGCUCGAUCAACUGGCGGCUGGAAUCGGCCCGCACAGCCACCAGCGCCCGCGGCCAUGGACCCCGCGGCGUGUGUCGCCCGCCGGACGCGGUCCCGCCGCACGGAAGCGAAAGCCGCGGCACCGAAAGCGGCGGUUGCGCGCGUCUCCCAGAGUGUCGAGGGCCCGCCGUCGGAGCUGCGGAAACCGGCCGUGACGCAGCCCGAGACUACUGAAGAGGCCGCGGAGGACCCCCUUACCACAAGCGCCGCCGCCGAGCCCCAUACCGGCGGCGACGCUAGACGAGCGAGCCUUGACAGCGCGUCGUCGGCCUACAGCCACGACGCCUUCGAACCCGAUGCGUUGGAGGCCGUUCUGCCGUCACCGCGCAAGUCGCGCGCGCGCCCGCGGCCUAAAUUAGCCCAGUUCCGGCUGGACGCGAAGUGCCUGAAGCACUUUUUGAGUUAUUUAUCUCCGGCGCGACUCGCGACGUGCCGGCAAGUUUCCCACGACUGGCGGCGCGUCUGUAGUGAUGAUGCGCUGUGGCGACCGCUCGUCGAGAACUUCUUUCCCCGCGGUAGUCAUCAGUUGAUUCGACGGCUCGAAAGGGCGCCGCGGGCGGCCCAGUACCUGCGACUCUACAAACUCCGUCUACGAUUAGAACGAGCAGCAGACACGCCGGAACCUAGACCUGAUGUCCUGCGGGGCUACUCGGCGUUAGUGGAAAUAGAGGUCCUCAGACCGGACACGGGGUACUCGGUCGUCGCCGACUGGCGGCCCUUGAGAAGGGGCUCGGGGAAGGUGCUGAUCGACCUCCACCCGUCGCGCCUGGUGCCGCGCGCCGAUCUGCUCGAUUUACGACUCACUUUAACUCUCGCCCGGCACCGCGACGGCCGCUGCUGCACGGUCUGUUAUGAUGCGCCGUUCCGCACGGGCCCGCCGCGGUUCGACAUCGCCGGGCCGCAGGGCUGCUUGUCGCUGCUGGGCUACCGGCACGCGGUCGUCUGCGACGACUGGGAGGACGCGCCGCGCGCGCGCUUCGACUCGCUCUCCUACUCGCUCCUCGCGCCCGGCGCCGACGCCAUGAGCGCCGCGCACGAGACGCACCUGACGCGGCUCUGGGACCACCUCGGCAGCUGGUUCGCCAUCGAGGACCGCGUCUGAUUUUAUAUCUGCCCCCGGCUUCCGCCUCGACGACGCGGAAGCUUGCGCCCCUUUGUUGGGGCUGCGACGGGCCACUAGUAUCUAUUAAGAUAUCUCUACAUUAAUUUUUGUGUACGCAGG